AUGUUGUGUUUCGAUGGUUCAUUCUAUUAUCGUAAACCUCCAUCACGUUGUAUACCUGACACUCUCAAAGAAAAAACUUAUCGAAGACAUGAACAAUUUAUGAAUUCGCUUGCUGCACAACAUUCUUGUUGUCAACGUCAAAAUGAAUGUGAAAAAAAAUUUUUUCCACAAUAUAAUACACAAACAGUAACAAUUACGCAUCGGACAAAUUCAUCUACAUAUAAUACCGAUAAAUUAAUUAUUGAUUUUCUUGUCAAACAAAUCCGACAACGGUUAGAAAGUGUAAUAGAUCCAAGUGAUUAUCACGAUGUGUUUAAAUGUGCCCAAAUUCUUGUAACUGAAUUAUUGAAUAAGGAACCUUCUUUAUGUGCAGAAGAUGUUAUCAAUCGUGUGAUUGCAAUAAUGAAUACUCCAUUUUGUAUUGUUAAUACGGGCUCAAAUAUUGUCAAUAAGAAUGGUCUAUUAACUAACAUGGAAAAUUCUCCAACAAUAACAACUAGUGAAUAUUAUCCAGUGAUGCCUCCGUCCUGUAGUCUUUUCCCAUUUUAA